AUGAUAGUAAACAAAAUUGAUGGGGAUAAACUGGACAACGACCUUUACAGCCACUUAUGGGCACUGUACGACGAUAAGAUUAAGCCAACUUCAAACAGAGAAGAAUUUAAACUUCUCCUCAAAACGUUAGCAUUUCACUUCUCAACAAAGUCAAAUGGAAUACAAACAACAACAUACGGAUCAGCUUUGGCAGGAACCUCUUUCCAAACAGCAAAAUUAAGCUUAUUCGCAGCCAACAUUUUAAUGCCCUACCUAGUACAAAAACUACAAACUUUUCUAUACAACGCAGAUAACAACUUAUUACCCAAAAUACGAAUUGUCGAAACUUUAAUAAGUGUCUGGUCAUUAUCAACUUUUAUCCAACUUUUGUCAGGUUCCCCAAAACAAUACUUGUCGAUUUUCCACAAGAUUUUCCGAAUAAAAAUUUCAACUUUUAUGCAAUCUCAGUUCUACCAGAAUACAAUUACUGCGAGCAUGGAGUUUCAGAAUACACAACUUCUUUACAAUGCACUUCUGCAACUUUUGAACAACCAAGUCUCGCAAUCUAAACUAAUUCAAAAGCUUCUGCGAUCUUCAACUAAAAAAGGGAUCAAGAGACAAAACGCCUUCAAUUGCCCAUACUGCGACGAAGCACCUAAUAUUCCCUACAGAACAUCUUGCUGUAAUAAAAUCUUGUGCUACCUAUGUGUCGUCAAAACAUUAGAAUUCAAAAAUUGCGCUGGCUGCAACACUACGAAUUUUUCAGCAGCACCUUUAUACCACUAA